AUGAAUCAAUUAUUACUGCUUGUUACCAACAGGUGCAGAGGCGUUCUGCUUGGUAUGGGUAUCCAGUUAAUCUUUGGCUUGGCAGCCCACUCUUGGCUCUUUUAUUUCCCGUCAACAAGCGACUUGGCAUUCCGUUCAUCACUUUCAAGCCCGUUACCAACGAAUCUCGCUGGAAAUAUCCCACAAUUGAUGCACCAUUUGUGGAAACCUUUCAUUCACGAACUCAAUGCGACAAAUUUCGUAUCGAACGAAGGAUACGAGUACAAGAUUGGCAAAGGCAACCACCGCUGGUUAAAACCUAUGAAAAAGAAGCUGCUUAUCCUGGACGUCGACACUCGACUGGACACUGGCGAUGAUUCUAUGAUGAACCCCAAGGGCUUGAAAGCCGAUAAAAUGUCAGGCAGGACAGCUGGAAUGAUGAGCCACUAUCUCUAUGCUAUGAUCCACGGAUACGACUACAAGUUCAUUCGAGCUCCCGAUUAUCGCAAUAGACAUGGUACCUGGGUUAAAGUCCCAAUGGUCAAAGAAGCGCUCAAGACUCACGAAACUGUUGUCUUUCUCGAUGCCGACGCUAUUUUCAUGUAUCCCGAGAUGCCGUUCGAGUGGCUGAUGAGUCUAUGGAACAUCACAGACAAGACGCUGGUCGCCAUGUCCAACGAUCCCGAUUAUCCAAGAAACCGCGACGACAAAGGCAAAGUUAUGAUGAACACAGGCUUCAUCGUCGCUCGACAGAGUAAUCGAACACAAGAACUCUUCCACGACUGGAACCAAUGUCCCACUGAGAAGAAAUACAAGGGUUGUGAAAGAUGGGCUAAGGACUGGGCACAUGAACAAGCCACUUUCGCGAAUUUUGUCCGGUGCGACUACAACAGAACUGACGAUGUGCGCGUGAUACCGUGCAUGGACGGAAAUGGCGCUCCCUACAUUGGUGAUAAGACAUGUGGUGGAGUUUUUGUCCGUCAUCACUGGUUUCAUAAGGACUACCCUGCCAACGACUUGCGUACACUGAUUCUCGACACUUUUGUGAAGCGCAUACACGCGGGCCUCCACCAUAUGAAGUCUGAGAAUUAUGUCGACACGACUCAUUAUACCCACCCUCUUAAUAAUAUAAAGAAUAUGUAG